CCUGGGGGAGCGCAGAUGAAGGGAGCACCCCGGGGUUUCUGCUGGGAAAGAUUGCCUGCUGUUUGUGGCGGUGACGUGCUGUGUUUUGCAGAGCUGUGGAUGUCGCUGGAGGAGCACCAAGAUGCGUUAGAGCUCAUCAUGAGCAAAUACAGAAAGCAGAUGUUGCAGCUUUUGCAAGGGAGAAAAGGUGAAGAUGCAGAACCGGUCUUGGAAGUUCAUCAGGCUAAUUCUGUGGAAAUUGCAAGUGAAAUAGACAGAAUAUGUGAGAUGGGAGAGGUGAUGAGAAAAGCUAUCCAAGUUGAUGAUGAUGAGUUCUUCAAAGUUCAGGAGAAAUUAGCUCAGUUGGAGCUUGAAAACAAAGAGCUGCGUGAACUAUUGUCAAUCAGCAAGGAAUCUUUUGAGGUGGGAAGAGAAGAUCUGCCCGACUGUGAAGCUUAGGCCACAAAAUAACCUUAUCUCCAAAUCUCGACUUCAGAGACUAUUAUGAAAUUACCCUACAAGGAUGGGGGUUUGAUUUGUUUUCAGGUGUUUUCCUUGUUUGUUUGUUUUAUCUUUCCAAAUGUGUGGGCUGUUUUCUCUGCAUUUUUCUGAAAUUACAUACUCUUGAUGGCAGAGGCUUCCGAUGUGGCUCCGUCUUGGUAAUCGCAGUGUACAGAUGCUUAACAAUGAAGUACUUGAUGUUUACUCCCUUGUGAUAGUUCAUUUCCUCUCCUGUUUGUUAUUUUUUUAUGAGCUUUAGUUAAUAAUUCCAACUGUGCAGGUGGCACUUAAAUCCACCCUGUCAGUAGCUAGAGAACGUAAUACAGGCUGUGAUGAUUUUAUUUGAUAGAAGGAGUAAGAGAUUAUUCAAAAACUACGUUGGAAAUGGUAGGUACACAUUUUGCUCUGCUUGCAGAGCUUUCGUUUUGCUCUGAAGAGCUGAGGCUCCGUGUCCAGCGGGGAUAAGGUACGAGACAACCAUGGGGAAGCAGAUGUAGAGAACAGCAGAGCACUUCAAGUAGUAAAUCACAAAAGGAGGAUGCUUUACCUUGAUUUAGGGGUGAAACUCGGAGUAGAUGACCCUUUCUCACCUGUACAGCUUUGAAGGACGCUGUGUAUCUAAUGUUUUCCCAUAGGCAGCCCUGUUGGGUUUUCAUAGAAUCAUAGAAUCAUUCAGGUUGGAAAAGACCCUUGGGAUCAUCGAGUCCAACCAUCUACCCUACUCUACAAAGUCCUCCCCUGCACCAUAUCCCUCAGUUUUACCAAUGCUCCAGGGGGUGUGGGUGAGGGUGAGCUCUGAUCUGUGCUCAGACCAGUGUGGAGCAGCCCAUCCGGGUCCAGAUCUGCCUCAAAACUAAGCUAGAACCACCGUGUAGACAGGGUUCUAAUGUUACAUCACAGGUAAGUCUAGUGACAAAUGUCACGUAGCUAUUGCAGAAUCUUGCGCUGAGUGAAACAAGAGCUGCAGUCCUGUAGGGAUUUAUCAACAUUGUGGUAUUUUUAACAACACUUUUAUAUAAAAGAUUUCUGUCUUUCUUACCUGUGAUCAAAAAAUAAUCCUCCAAGAGCAGUAAACAUCUCGUUUUCAAGAUUGGUUUAAAUUUUUAUGCUACUUUUUCCCAAGUGAUGAUUUUGAUAGACGCAGGUGGUGAUUUACGUUCCUGUGCUUAAUAAGAGACGUUUUCUUGCAACAACUUGAAAUGUCGAGCAAGACUGUUUGGCAGUGAUAAGGGAUUUCUGCACAGGAGUCCUCUUGUAUACGAUCCUUUUCUAUUAGAAAUUGUUUGAGAGGGAAUAAAAAACCCCAACGGA